UUUAUUAUUUUUCAGAAUUUCAGGGACCUAAAUAGAAAACAAAGUUUAUAGGUUCAUAUUAAGAAAAUAAGUUUAGGAGCUUAUUUACUAGUUUUCUUCUUAACAAAAAAAAAAAGAAUGAAGAGUUUUCUCCUUUAUUUAACAUGCAUUCCAUCUCACUUCAAAAUCAAAUACAUUUCUUCAUCUUCUCCUUACAUUUGAUUGAUUCAACUUGUGUGGUGUUAGAGAGAAAUGGGACAUCCAAAAGAACACAAACUUCCCGUUAUUGAUAUCAACCCUGAAAACCUUAAACCGGGCACAACUUCAUGGUUGACAACAAGCGAAGAAAUUCGCCGCGCCUUUGAAGAGUAUGGCUGCUUUAUAGCAGUGUAUGAAAAAGUGACCAGGGAGUUUCACGACACCAUUCUUAAUACAACGGAGGAAUUGUUUGAUCUUCCCUUGGACACAAAGAUGAAGAACGAAUCCAACAAACCCUUAUACGGUUACGUCGGUCAGAUACCUUUCAUCCCUCUUUACGAAAGCCUAGGCAUCGAUCAACCCAACACUAAGGAAGGAGUUGAAACCUUCACCAAACUAAUGUGGCCAAACGGGAAUCCCAAAUUUAGUGAGACGAUGGAGGCAUACUCGAAGAAAAUGGUUGAGCUGGAGCAAAUGGUGUUGAGGAUGGUUUUCGAUAUCUAUGGAGUGGAUCAAAAAUAUAUGGAUUCUUAUUUGAAGUCGGUGACCUACUUAUGUCGGGUGAUGAAGUAUAGACAGCCAGAAGAUAACGAGAGUAACUACGGGUUCGUGGCACACACUGAUAAGGACUUCGUCUCCAUACUUCAUCAAAAUCAAAUAAACGGAUUAGAGAUGCAAGCCAAAGAUGAUGGCCAAUGGUUUAUUGUGGAUCAAUUGUCGUCUCCAUCAUCCUUCAUUGUCACAGCAGGAGAUGCUUUCAUGGCAUGGAGCAACGGAAGAGUUCACUCUCCUUUUCAUCGAGUUAUGAUGAACGGAAAGACGACAAGAUACACUAUUGCACAGUUUUCCUUCCUCGAUGGGAAGGUUGAAACACCCGAGGAGCUUGUAGACGAUGAUCAUCCUUUGUUGUAUACGCCGUUUGAUCAUCUUGGAUAUCUAUCAUACUAUAACAUGCCGGAGAAUCGUAGGCUAGAGAAUGUUGUUGCCCUCAAAGCUUAUUGUGAGUUGCAAACCACCUGAUGGAUUAAUUAU